UAAAAAACGAGGGGAGCUGCAGAUAAUCAUGAAAUACUUUACUUUUAUUCUUACAACUUCUUAUCUCGAGUAGAUGCCCGUCUUUACAAAUGGGGAUACGCUUGAUCUUUGAUGCCGCAACCCGAUACAAAAUAUUUUAGCGAGCAGUGCCGCCUGAAGCCUUGCUAAGGAUUCAUCGCUCGGUCUAGAAAAAAGCAAAAUUGAUAAGUGAUGGAGGGGCAAGGGCGCAAUCUCGCGCCGCUGAGGUCAUUAAUAUUAGACCUCCCUCCCAGCUGCAUCGAAUUCUGUCCCGGUCACCCGAACUAUUUUGUUGUUGGCACAUACAACUUACAAAAAGAAGAUGGGAAAGGUGCAGAAGUUGCCGAUGCCGAUGCCGACGGGGAAGGGCAGCAGGCAAAGAAGGCCACACAGACUAGAAAUGGCAGUCUUGUUCUCUUUAGAUUGACAGGGGCUGCAGAUAUAAACCAUGUACAGACCGUGCUCUACCCCUCUGCUAUCCUCGAUCUGCAUUUUCAUCCUAGUCGAGAAGGACAUACAGUGCUAUCGGUUGUCUCCAGCACAGGUACGCUUUCAUUCUUUAGGCUUCGGACUUCGGAGGAAUCCCCGGCCUCCUUGGAAGAGAUAAGUACCCAUCGGCCACUUGGUGAUGAUGAAGGAAUUCUUUUCUUAUCAUGCUCAUGGCAUCCGUAUAUUCCGGAGCUCCUGGCAAUUACGACAUCCAACCACCAGGUCCAUAUCCUACGUGUGGAUGACUCCUGGAAUGUCCGCACCACACGGGCGGAGCCAGUGAUCACUCAUAGCCUUGAAGCUUGGACGGUGGCGUUCUCGUCAUUAAUACCGAGAAGGCCGAACCUAGACCCGAACGUUUCGCUAGAGAGGAACUCGCAACUAUUCACUCUCUUCUCGGGUGGCGACGACUCGAAAUUAUUCGUCGCAAAAUGUUUAUACCAUCCAAUUCGAAUUGAUAGCGAAGCUGACUCGAUUGAAAGUCCGUUUUCUGCAAUUUCGUUAAGGGGUCAUGAAGCAGGGGUUACCGCUAUUCUACCACUGAACCUGCAAAUUGUGCUUCUUGGUUCUGUGGUUGUAACCGGUAGUUAUGAUGACCAUAUCAGAGUGUAUACUAUUAAUGAUCAAAAGUCAGGAUUGCCCCCUCAAAAUCCUAAGCUAAUAGCAGAACGGAAUCUCGAAGGAGGAGUAUGGAGACUCAAAUUAAUCAAGUUAGAGAAGACGACAGAAAUGGUACCGAGGACGGAUCAGACAGAGGGGACGACGAGAGAGCUGCGACGAUGGAAAGCUCUGAUACUGGCAUCGUGCAUGCAUGCGGGAUCGAGGGUGGUUGAAAUCACAGGUGAUGCCGUUACCGAAACAUGCCAGAUCAAUGUACUUGGUCGUUUUGAAGAGCAUAAGAGCAUGAAUUACGGCAGUGAUUUCCAACCAGGAUCUGAAUCAGAAGGUCGAAGCCUCCGAUGCAUAUCAACGAGUUUUUAUGAUCGACUGCUAUGCUUGUGGGAAUAUUAGUCAUGUAUGCCUGGGUCUAGGGAUUGGGUAGUACAAGGAUUGAUAUUUGGUCGAAUUGACCGGUCGAAGCACUUACUUCGUGGCACUGCGCAGACAAAACGUCGAUACUAAACUUCGUCAUGUAAUACGACGAAAACAAGCUUCUAUAUAUUGAUGAUUAGUCCUCUUUUUGGCCCUUUGAAAUGCCUAGACAUGUUCUCACAUGACUUUGUGACUCAUCCAGAGAGCUAGAUUACUGCAUGACGGGGCGAAUUAUGUAAGUACAUAUGUAGUACAUACAUACCUAGGUACCUACAUAUAUAAAUCAUUGUCACUCCCGUUUUCCUAGCCGCUUUCUGAGUCGCCCUACAAGAUAUUCUCUAAAGAGUUUUAAUUGCACAAACUGCUG